CGUGGUUCGCGCCAGCAAGCCCAAGAUGAUGGCUGCCUUCAACGCCAGACCCACCAAACUACCUCCCCUACCUCUGAAGAAUCAACCACUAGUUAGACAAGGACCUUCAGUCUCUCCUGGCACUAUUCCCCAAAAGACGCGCGAAGGACGUACCUCACCUUCAGGAACGAUUAAACAGGAGCUCUCACAAGAUAUAUCCCCUACGUCCAUUAGAACCAAUGAAGAACAAGAAUCACUUAUUGUACUACUGCUUAGCAAGUUUAUGGCGUAUGUCGCAUCAAAGGCCUAUGUGCAAGCAUUGGAGGUAGCUAAUCAAUUGGCCAUUGUUGAUCCAACGAACGCUCUAAUAAAAGAAUAUCAACCUGUCCUGCGUGAACGUAUAGCCCAGUUAGAGGCCGCUAGCAGCGAGGAAGCCGAGAAUUCUCCAGAAGAAGAAUCGGACAGCGAAGAGGAGGACAACAGCGACGCAGAUACUAGCGGGACGGAAGAAGACGAUAGCGAAGAUGAAGAGACGUGCGAGUCCAAUGACAGCAGUAGCGAUGAUGAGCAAUGAGCAACUGGAAACUCUUAUGUACAUAAAUAUUGCUAUAUACUGUAUUAGAUGGGUACAUGCCAUUUCGAUGCCACGGUCCUGGUCAUCCGAUCUAAUUCUCUCAAAAUGUGCAUCAGUCUUCC